CGCAGUGAGGGCGCGCACUUCACAAUGACGCGUGUACUAAAGCGGACCUGUUCAUCUAAAGGUGUGUGUUCACCGCAUAAGAGUGAGUAAAUCCAGCUGCUGUGCCGCGAGCGCUCCGGACACAUGUCUCGGCUCGUGGUGAGGUAAAGAUUGAUGGAUGCAGAUCUAAAUACCUGUUGGAGGAAGUGGAUGCGAUGUUUCCUGAAGGCAACGUCUGGUCCACCUACAUGUUUCUUCUACUCUUGACCACCGGAGUGCCCGCAGAGAAAAUAUGCUCUGUGCACUCGAACCACGAAGUCCACAUGGGCUCAAGCUUCCAGAUCUACUGCAUCUUCAAGAAGGAAUGCAGCAGACUGAUAUACCAAGAUGAAGUGUCCUUAAAUUACAGCAGCUUGAACUCAACUGUGGUGAUUAUAAGCAUCGUGAAUAUAACACGGACCACCACGUUCACGUGCAAAUGUCGCAACGAGCCAGAACCAUGUGGCACUGACAUUGUUCCAGGGUAUCCACCUGCAGUUCCACAGAACCUCACAUGCGUUCAGGAAGGAGAAUCUGGAAAAGUAAACUGCACAUGGAAAACUGAAUGGGAAACACACAUCAAGACCACAUCACAUCUGUGGUUACAAGGGGCCCCUCCUGUCCGUUAUGAAAGUGUUGCAGUCCAUGAUGGUACCCAUUCAGCCAUAUUUCCUGUUUCAGCCACACAAAGAGACUUCUCUGUGUGGGUCCAUGCUAAUAACAGCCUUGGCUCUGCAAACUCCACUGUCCUCAGCUUCACGCUUAAUGAAAUAGUGAAACCGCUGAGCCCCAAAAUCAUGAAGGUGGAAUGCUCUUCAAGACAAUGCCAGCUCUAUCCAGACAACGCUCGAAACAUUCAGAUGGUAGAGAUCCGAUAUGAAGCAAAACAGGAUAGCUGGAAUACUGUCUCAUUCAAUAACACCCAUUUGACAACAAGCUGGACUAUAACUUCACUGAAUCCGUAUAGCACGUACACAUUUGAGGUCAAGUGGAAACCUGGCCCAACGAGAGGUCUGUGGAGUGAGUGGACCCGGAUCGAGGGCACGACUGAUGAAGAAGCUCCUGUGACGAUGCUUGAUGCGUGGUAUAUUGAAGAACCCACAAAAACAGUCAGCAAGUCGUUCCAGUUAUUUUGGAGGGAGUUGAACAAAUCAGAAGCCAGAGGAAAGAUUCUGCAGUAUGUUGUGACAGUGACUGAACAGGGAAUCAGCAACAGGACUGUUCUUGGAAACACAGUCAAUGUGUCCUGUUUUUCCUGCCGUGUGUCCAUUUCUGCUAUGAACUCAAAAGGCCUGUCUCCUGCCCGACAAAUUCAGCUACAGCCUAUAGGUCUUCUUCCAUACAAGGUGUCACACACUCUCGUGAAUGAUCACAGUGUCGCCCUCUCCUGGCCGAGGCCUGUCAGUGCUGACCCGGUGACAGAGUUCUUGGUAGAGUGGUUUCCUGAGGGACGGACUCAGCCACCUCAGUGGAUCAGAGUGGAACGGCACCUGAACACAGCACAUAUUACUGGUUUGCAGCCUGCAGUGUGCUAUGAAGGUGCGGUGGUCUAUCUAUACUCAUCUGGGACAAAAAAAGCCAUCUUCAAAAAGAUCUCUACCUGGCAGACAGCUCCACAACAGAGUCCUGAGACUAGCAUCGUUGUGAAGAGUGAAACUGUGCAGGUAAAAUGGAGUGAGAUCCCACCAAAGAAGAGAGGAGGCUGUCUGGAACACUACAUCAUCUACCUGAAGGAUUCAGCAGACAAAAUUCAGAAUUACAAUGUCACACACCCUCAGAGAGAGUUUACCAUCAGUGGCUUGAUUCCAGGACAGACAUACACACUGUGGGUCUCAGCCUGGACUACAGCAGGAGAAAGUCCUAUAGAAAAUAUGCACCCGUUCAUACCAAAACACCCAACAUUAGAUGAGAAAGCCCUGGCUCUGCUCAUCUCAGUGGGAAGUGCUGUUUUCCUAACCUGUCUGUGUCUCCUGUGCUUAUGUCAGUUCUCUUCAGUACACAGAAGAUUAUCAGGAUGUUGUCACUGCCUAAUGCCGAGCAUCGUCCCAGAUCCUGCAAACAGCAAAUGGGCAAAAGAGUGCGCAAGUGAGAAGGGUGAGAUGAAACUGCAGCUGCACCUCAGUGACUCCAGCAUGAGUGAAGAGGAGCCGUAUACGGUGGAGGUGGAGGAAUUUCCCCAGGAGAAAUUACCUGAAGAGACAAUCUCCACUGAGGAAACACUACAUUCAGUCAACCUGCAGGCUGAAUCAGCACCGUAUCAACAUAACAUCACCAGCUCUUACCUCAAAAGCUUCUCCAACGAGUCAAGCAGCUCAGACGCCACCCAUGCUUCCAGGAGCACAGACAUUACCGUGGACUACAUUUCUACUCACGGAGUGAUGAGUGGAGGAGAGGAGGAGGAUGAAGAUGAUGGGGAUGAGGAGCACGAGGCAUUUGACUUCUUCCCCUGCCCUAAGAGCCCCUUCCUGGAGCCGCUCAUUUCCAUUGGAGGAAAAUUGACUCUGGACUCAGUGAAAAUAGACUGCAGUGACUUCUUAGAUUGUGCAUGAACCUCUGCAAUGCGCAGGGCUGUGUUAAUGAAUGUUAAGAAAAUUGUUACGAUGCAUAAAUUUGUCAUCCUCACGAUUUUUGCUUUAAAGCAUAUUGUCCUUUUUAAGCAAUGAACACUAACACCUGAUCAAUCUGUUCAUCUUAAUUAUGAAACAUCCCUCAAUUAUACAAGUAUGUGUUUAUAAUUCAGAGCUUUAAUAUUAGUUUUUUUUAGCCUUCACAACUUACCUCAGAUUAAUAUUAUGCAGGUGUAAAUACUUUUGUACAUAAUAGUUUGUGACUUUGUGACUAAAAGCCUCAAAAUUUUUGUAUUCAACAGUCAUGCUGAUUUUUUUUGGCUGUGUAAUUAUUAAAUGAUGAACUUUC